GUUUGCAACAGUGAGGUAUGACCAGGCAUCCAAGAACAUUAAAAACCAGUUCAUGCAUCUGACCAACUACAGUGUCAACAAGAAGAGUGGAGAUUAUGUCAGCUGUGAUGAUCCUGAAGUAGAGGAUUAUGGAAACAAGUGGAGCAUGAGUGCAAUGCUGAGGUACUUAAAACAAGAGGGGAGAGACACUGCAGCACUGAUGGCCAACGUGGAGGACCUGAUUAUCAAGACUGUAGUUUCUGCUGAGCUGGCCAUUGCCACAGCUUGUAAAAGUUUUCUUUCACAUCGUGGCAGCUGCUUUGAGCUAUAUGGUUUUGAUGUCCUUAUUGAUGACACACUCAAGCCCUGGCUGUUGGAAGUGAACCUAUCCCCAUCAUUGGCCUGUGAUGCUCCUUUGGACCUGAAGAUCAAAGCUAGCAUGCUCUCAGAUAUGUUCACUCUUGUAGGCUUUGUGUGCCAGGAUCCAGGCCAGCGGUCAAGCCGGGCCAUUUAUCAUUCAUCUGAAUCUGUCAGGAGAAAUCCAUACCAGAAGCUGCAGCGUCCUGUGUCUGCACAGCUGCAAACAGCAAACACCAGAUUGCGUACCCGUCCUCUGUCUGCCAGCGAUGCUGAAACCAAAAACCCGAUGCCCUCAGGCAGGGAAAAAGCAACAGGAAGGCAAGGCAGCUCUGUGCUGGGUCUCUCCAUGGAGGAGAUGAAAGUUCUUCGUCGAGUGAGAGAGGAGAAUGAACGGAGAGGAGGCUUCAUCCGGAUAUUCCCUACCCCAUUAACAUGGGACCUUUAUGGAUCCUUUUUAGAGCACAAGACAUCAAUGAACUACAUGCUGGCUACACGUCUGUUUCAGGACAGGGGCAAGAUGAAAAGAGACUUCAUCACUGGGAGAUCCCGAGCAGGUCUUAAUGGAAGGCUGGAUAUGAGGCUGGAAGCUGUAGACUCUCAUGCUCUCUUUUAUGAGAGAAAGCUUGUUUCACUGGAGUUACGGAAGCGCCGACGAUGUCAUGGCAAGGCUAGAGCAGCACGGACAAGAUCAUCAGGGACAUCAGAACCAACAAAGCUGUCCCUCAAGUCAGACGCAGAAGAUGAGGAGGAAGAGGAGGUGGAUGCAGAUGAAGAGCUAGAUAGAACUGUUGGCUCUCUUUCGGACACCCAGGUGAAAAGCCAGCCAAAGCUCUCUGAUUUGGUGAAAACUACUUGUAAGGAGGGGUUGCCAAAAAAACUUGACAAGAAAACUGGAGAUGGAGGAGAGCCGUUUCUUCGAAAAACAAACUCAGAAUCUCAGUUUAACUUGCUGCAGAUUCUUCAAAAGCAUGGAAACCUGAGCAAAGUGCAAGCUCGCAGGGCUUUCUCUGCCUAUCUACAGCACGUUCAGUUGCGACUGAUGAAGGAGGCUGGUGACCAGAUCCAGAAUCCUGCCUGGGCUGCUAAAGAGGAUGAGCAAAUGGAGCUUGUGGUACGCUUUCUGAAGCGAGCUGCCAGCAAUCUUCAGCAGUCCUUGAGGAUGCUGCUCCCCAGCCGUCGUUUAGGACUAAAUGAUCGUCGUCGUAUCCUGGCUCACCAGCUGGGCGAGUUCAUAAUCUGUUACAACAAGGAAACAGAGCAGAUGGUUCGGAAGCGAUCAAAAAAGAAACAGGAAGAGGAGGAGGAAGGAGUGAAUCCUGAAGGUUUUCAGAACUUUAUUAGCAGAGCAAGUGAAAGUGACCUGGAGGAAGUGCUGACAUUUUACACACACAAAAACAAGUCAGCAAGUGUCUUCCUAGGAGCAAACUCCACAAGCACAAAACCCAGCAACACCAGUAACCAGUCAGAGAAACAGCCUCAAGGGGAGCGUCCUGAGCUGGUAAAAAAAGUAAGAGACGAUCAGCCCAAAAGUUCAGUUGCAGAUCUGCCUGCAGAAGGAGCAUUAAAAGGCUAUAAACCGAAAGAAGUUAAAUCAACCUUUCCAGAAGGACCCACCUUCUCCUUAAAUGCUGAAGUGAAAUUACCUCGGUGCAGCCCUCUUAGCGCUUCUUCCUCUGGUGCCAUGUUCCAGAGAAGUGCCAGUUCCUGGAUACCAUGUCAACCUGCAUCCUCUGAAAAUUCACAGGUGCCUGGUCACCAUUCAUUGCCGGCUCCUCCAGUUGGUCCCAAGCUGAUUCAGUCCCCAUCCCCACUACCCUCCUCACGGAGCACAGCUCCUGACAGCUCUUCUGUCUUCACAAACCCAGUGUCCAGUGAGGCUUCUAGCCUUGCAGGGUUACAUCGUUGUCAUUCUGGUAGCUACACCAUUGGCCUGUUUUCAUCUUUUCAGAGAGCUGCUCAGAUCUACAGCCAAAGAUUGUCCCGACCAUCCUCUGCAAAAGUAG